CGUGAGCAUCCACACACCUGAGAUACCUCUUUGAUGUUCUGUCCUGUAGCCCCAAGGGAGAGGAUUAUUCCACAGCCAUCCUACGCCAGAAGCAUCGUCCCAACCGCCUCAUUGUAGAUGAAGCGGCCAAUGAAGACAACAGCAUUGUGAGCCUGUCUCAGGCCAAGAUGGAAGAGCUGCACUUGUUCCGGGGGGACACGGUGCUGCUGAAGGGGAAGAAGCGCCGGGAGACAGUCUGCAUCGUCCUCACGGAUGACUCCUGCCAGAACGAGAAGAUCCGCAUGAACCGCGUCACCCGCAACAACCUCCGUGUGCGCCUCGGUGACGUGGUCAGUGUGCAGGCUUGUCCGGAUGUGAAGUACGGAAAGCGGAUCCACGUCCUGCCCAUUGACGACACCAUUGCAGGCUUGACUGGGAACCUCUUUGAAGUUUACCUCAAACCCUUCGAGGCCUAUCGACCUGUGCACAAAGGUGACAUUUUCCUUGUGCGAGGCGGGAUGAGGGCUGUGGAGUUCAAGGUUGUUGAGGUUGACCCCAGCCCCCACUGCAUUGUUGCUCCUGACACCAUCAUCCACUGCGAGGGGGAGCCCAUCAAGCGAGAGGACGAAGAGGAAAGCCUCAAUGAUGUCGGCUACGAUGACAUUGGAGGCUGCCGUAAACAGUUGGCUCAGAUCAAGGAGAUGGUGGAGCUGCCCCUGAGACACCCAGGGCUCUUCAAAGCUAUUGGUGUGAAGCCUCCACGAGGGAUUCUUCUUUAUGGUCCCCCUGGCACUGGGAAAACACUUGUUGCCCGUGCUGUUGCAAAUGAAACUGGAGCCUUCUUCUUCCUUAUCAAUGGCCCAGAGAUCAUGAGCAAACUGGCUGGGGAAUCGGAGAGCAACUUACGCAAAGCCUUUGAAGAGGCAGAGAAGAAUGCUCCAGCCAUUAUCUUUAUUGAUGAGCUGGAUGCCAUUGCCCCUAAGAGGGAGAAGACACAUGGAGAAGUGGAACGCCGCAUUGUGUCCCAGCUGCUCACACUCAUGGAUGGCCUGAAGCAGCGCUCACAUGUGAUAGUCAUGGCGGCUACAAAUCGGCCCAACAGCAUUGAUCCUGCACUGCGCCGGUUUGGGCGCUUUGACCGAGAAAUUGACAUUGGGAUCCCAGAUUCCGUGGGAAGGCUGGAAAUCCUGCAGAUACACACCAAGAACAUGAAACUGGCCGAUGACGUGGACCUGGAGAAGGUGGCCAACGAAACGCAUGGGCAUGUGGGUGCUGACCUGGCAGCUCUGUGUUCUGAGGCAGCACUCCAAGCCAUCCGCAAGAAGAUGAGCGUCAUUGACCUGGAGGACGACACGAUCGAUGCUGACAUCCUCAAUUCCAUGGCUGUCACUAUGGAUGACUUCCAGUGGGCCCUUGGACAGAGCAACCCAUCAGCACUUCGCGAGACUGUAGUGGAGGUUCCACAGGUCUGCUGGGAAGAUAUUGGAGGCCUGCAGGAAGUCAAGCGUGAACUACAAGAGCUGGUGCAGUUCCCAGUGGAGUAUCCCGACAAGUUCCUGAAAUUUGGAAUGACGCCAUCACGAGGUGUGCUCUUCUAUGGACCUCCUGGCUGUGGCAAGACCCUCCUGGCCAAGGCCAUUGCGAAUGAGUGCCAGGCCAAUUUUAUCUCCAUCAAGGGGCCUGAGCUGCUCACCAUGUGGUUCGGAGAAAGUGAGGCCAACGUCCGUGAUGUUUUUGACAAGGCCAGGCAGGCUGCUCCCUGCAUCCUCUUCUUCGAUGAGCUGGACUCCAUCGCCAAGUCCCGUGGUGGCAGUGCAGGAGACGGCGGAGGUGCAGCUGACCGCGUCAUCAACCAGAUCCUCACAGAGAUGGAUGGCAUGACCAACAAGAAGACAGUUUUCAUCAUAGGUGCCACCAACAGACCAGACAUCAUUGACCCAGCCAUCCUUCGUCCAGGACGCCUGGAUCAGCUCAUCUACAUCCCCUUGCCUGAUGACAAGUCUCGCAUAGCUAUUCUUCAAGCCAACUUGCGAAAGUCACCUAUCGCCAAGGAUGUGGACUUGAAUUACUUGGCCAAGAUCACACAUGGCUUCUCAGGUGCUGACCUCACUGAAAUAUGCCAGCGUGCCUGCAAACUGGCCAUCCGUGAGGCCAUCGAGAUGGAGAUCAAGGCAGAACGGGAGCGUCAGCUUCAUAAAUGUGCCGCCAUGGAUGACGAUUAUGACCCCGUGCCAGAGAUCCGACGCGAUCACUUUGAGGAAGCAAUGCGCUUUGCACGCCGCUCUGUCAGUGAUAAUGACAUACGCAAGUAUGAGAUGUUUGCCCAAACGUUACAGCAAAGCCGUGGCUUUGGCAACUUCAGAUUUCCAUCUGGAAAGCAGAGCACCAGUGGAGAGGGAAACAGUGGAAGCAGCAGUGGCCAAGGAAACCUCUUCCAAGAGGAGGGCGAUGAUGAUCUUUACAACUGAUUGUGCAGGAAAUGCCUCCUUUUUGCUGGCAUCAUUUGCCCUGUAUUCUCAUAGUUAUUGUGCUCUUUAAUGUAAGGGCUGGUGCUUGAGCCCCAACUCCUACCCUCAUCCUUGUAUGUGGAAUCUGAGCUACCAGAGGCAAAGUCCUCGUCCCUGAUUUGGGGGCCAGGUGCCUAUUUCAAUGUUUGUGCCUGUCUCGGCCACUACCAGGAACCUCAUGGCACCAACAGCCCUUGCAUUUGUUGGGUGUCAAAGGCAAUACCCAUGGAAGUCACCAGGGGGCAGCAAAAGCCUAAGCAGCUGCUGGAUCAGAGGCAAAGGUCCAUCUAGUCUGGCAUUCUGUUUCCACCAACCAGCCAGAUGCCUCACAGGGUGUAAAGCUGCCCACUUAUCCCUUGAUCUCAUCUUAAACUGUCCCAAGCUGGUGCCUGCUCCUUGUAGCAUAUGUAUUGAUGGCUCCCACUUUUUUUAGAAAUCAGGGAACAGGAGGACCCUUUUGCAAGCUGACCCAGCCUGCUCCCGUUAGUCCUUUCUUACUCCACAGCAAAGACAGCUUUUGAAGCCUGCAGUUAUGCAUGAACUCCAGUUUGUGAUACCAGUUGACAAAGAUUUCUGGAUGUCUUAAUAAACUGAAAGUGCAUGCCCCUUAUACUGGGAGGAAUUUUA